CAGUCAAGUUUUGUUUGUUUGUUUGGUCGUUUGGCAUAUUCUAUUAUGAAAGAGCUGAUUCUAUUGUCCAGGUCGGUUUUGUUCUCUGUUAAAAUGUCAUACUUCACAAACAUUUACUAUUAAACCCCAAAUUAGAAAACCCAACGAAAUGGUUUCACUAAGCAUUCAGUUUUUUUCAUUUUUCCAAUAGUAACAUCAGAUUUUUAACUAAUAAUCGUAGCAACGGCAAAAACCAUAACAGAACAGCAGAACAAACCUCCCCCAAAAGCCUCCUCUUAAAUAGGUUGUCUCUAAACCCUUCAAAUCUCCAAAACAUAGUCAAGAACAUGAUAAGCAAAAUCAAAUCUCAAAAGAAGAGAAGAAUGGAUCCCAACGCGAAAACAAUUUUCUUCUUGGCUAUGUUUUUCAUCUAUUUAUCUUUCCCUAAUAUCUCACUCGCACAUACGGAAGUUGACGACGAAACUCCAUUUACAUACGAACAAAAAACAGAAAAAGGACCCGAGGGAUGGGGAAAAAUAAAUCCGCAAUGGAAAGUUUGUAACACCGGAAGAUAUCAAUCGCCGAUCGAUCUUACUAACGAAAGAGUCAGUCUUAUUCAUGAUCAAGCAUGGACAAGACAAUAUAAACCAGCUCCGGCUGUAAUUACAAAUAGAGGCCAUGACAUUAUGGUAUCAUGGAAAGGAGAUGCUGGGAAAAUAACAAUACGUAAAACGGAUUUUAAAUUGGUGCAAUGCCAUUGGCAUUCACCCUCUGAGCAUACCGUUAACGGAACUAGCUACGACCUAGAGCUUCACAUGGUUCACACGAGUGCACGAGGCAGAACUGCGGUUAUCGGAGUUCUUUACAGAUUAGGGGAACCUAAUGAAUUCCUCACAAAGCUACUAAAUGGAAUAAAAGCAGUGGGAAAUAAAGAGAUAAAUCUAGGGAUGAUUGAUCCUCGAGAGAUUAGGUUUCAAACCAGAAAAUUCUAUAGAUACAUUGGCUCUCUCACUGUUCCUCCUUGCACUGAAGGCGUUAUUUGGACUGUCGUCAAAAGGGUGAACACAAUAUCAACGGAGCAAAUUGCAGCUCUGAGGGAAGCCGUUGACGAUGGGUUUGAGACAAAUUCAAGACCGGUUCAAGACUCAAAGGGAAGAUCAGUUUGGUUCUAUGAUCCAAAUGUUUGAUAUAUUGAUUUCUAUUUAUUUUGUAAUUUAUACCCUUUUUACAAAAUAUCAUUUUGUAAUAUCGAGAUUUUUUCGAACUUUAAUUAAGAAAACAAUUAAUGGGUAAA